AUGAGCAAUAAAGUCUACGUUGCAGGUGUCGGUAUGACCAAGUUCAUCAAACCAAGAGAUACCUAUGGCUACGAAGAAUUAGGCCUAGAAGCCUCUGCUAAAGCCCUCGUCGAUGCUGGCAUCAACUAUGACGAGGUACAACGUGCUGUCGCUGGAUACGUCUACGGUGAUUCCACCUGUGGCCAACGAGUCAUCUACCAACUGGGACUUACAGGUAUCCCAGUUUAUAAUGUCAACAAUAACUGCUCAACUGGGUCCACAGCUUUGGCAAUGGGCCGUGACUUGAUUCGUUCCGGACUAGCUGAUGUUAUACUCUGUGUUGGAUUUGAAAAAAUGGAGCGCGGAUCACUAGGAGCAAAAUUUACAGAUAGAGCUGAUCCCCUUGGCAGACUGGCAGACAAGAUGUUUGAAACUAAUGAAGCUAGCAAGGCCUCGGUUGCAUGCCAAUUCUUUGGAAAUGCAGCUGCAGAGUAUAUUGAGAAAACAAAUGGUAACCCUGAUGCAAUCCCAAUGAUUGCACAGGUUAACCAUGCUCACUCUGUCAAUAACCCUUACUCUCAAUUCCAAGACGUGUACACCCUCGAGCAAAUCAAAAACUCACCCAAGGUCCAUAAAAUCUCUACUAAACUUACCUGCUGUCCUACCUCUGAUGGUGCUGCCGCUGCUGUUUUAAUUUCUGAAAAGUACCUCCAGUCACACCCUGAUUUGCAGAGCCAGGCAAUUGAGAUUGCAGCACAAUCUCUCCAUACUGAUGUACACAAUGUAUUUGAUGGUAGCUCUGUAUCUCUUAUUGGCGAUGGCAUGACCCGUUUGGCAGUCAACGAAGUUUACAAAACUGCAAACAUCACCCCUGAUGAUGUUCAAGUGGUCGAGCUUCACGACUGCUUUGCAGCAAAUGAACUUGUUGUUUUAGAUGCCUUGGGAUUAUCAAAGCCAGGUAAGGCCUGUGAGUUGGUUGAGAAAGGUGACAUCACAUACGGCGGCAAAUAUGUGGUCAACCCAUCCGGUGGGUUAAUCUCCAAGGGCCACCCUCUGGGAGCUACUGGUCUUGCACAGUGUGCUGAGUUGUGCUGGCACUUGCGUGGGUGGACCACUAACCGUGCUGUUCCUCACACACGGUACUGUCUGCAACACAAUCUGGGGCUGGGUGGAGCCGUGGUUGUUACUUUAUACAAGCGUGCAGACGGUAAGGAAGCUCCUGUGAAUCCUGCAGUGAAGAACGAUGGUCGUGCCAGACUCGGGUACAAUCCAGCAGUGGAGGUUCGGCAUUUGACUCGGGAACAGUUUGAAGCAGCUGCGUCCCACAAGGCUUCAGAUAAGUUUUCGUAUGGCGGUAAUAAACUAGUUCCAGCCUAUACUUCUUCCAAGCUUUAA